ACUCACUCCGCGCCGCGAUGCCCGCUCCUCCGGUGGUUCUGCUCAGGCACAAGGAGCUGCGCGACGAAGCGGUCUCCGCGCUCGACGCCUCUCGCGACACCCCAAGCGUGCAGCCGCCCCCACCGCCGGUGCCACCCUUGCCCAGGACGCUGGAGCGCAACAAGAGCACCCUGUGGGGCAACUCCGAGCCAAAGAAGGAUCCCAGAGCCACGGAGCAAGAAAAAACCGCGAUCAGGAUGCCUUGCAAGGAGCAAAAGAAGGCGGGCACGAUCGGGAAGAAGGAACAAGCGUCCAAGUGGGAAGUUUACAAUGAUCACCAGCACAGUGUGGCCGAGCAGGACAGCCUGAACGCAGCCUCCUUGCCGCGACCUUCAGCUGCAUCCACCACUUCCCCCAAGAGACUUGCCACCCUUGUGGAACGAGACUCGUCCGCGUCGUCGCACAAGCACAGUGUCGCGGCGCAUUCGCCGGUCAGGAAUUCGUUACUCAGGAUUUUGCGGAGGAAAACGUUUGAAGCCUCCGAAGAGAUGGUGGACCGAGGAGAGCCAUUCCGCCAACUUUGGGUUGCCCUAAGCUCCUUGUACGGGCAAGCUUUGGUUCUGGUCAUGCUCACAGUUUGCCUCAUAGAAGUCAUGGACAACUCCGUGCGGAUUUUUAGCAUGCAGGGUUUCCUGCUAUUGUAUCUGUACGUCGGUGGCAUUGCCGUGAUCUUGUGCAUCUACGUGUGGGUGCUGAUCGACAGCUGCGGCUCCCUGUCCAGCAGCUCGUCCCGCGACUAUGACAGCGAGGAAGACUCGCCGACAACAGACGACGCCGAAAACCCACACCCGCUCACGAGGUUCGGCUCGCUGAAGAGGGCCCACCGCGCUGGGACCACCGGCACCUCGUUUUACAUCAGGGUCGGCGCCAUUCUGUUUGGUCUGGCGACACUGGUUUUCAGCGGGCUGGAGGUUGCAAUGCACUCGACUAUGGACGCCACUGGCACCAGUGCGUGCCUCAGCGACAUAAUUUUCGUGCACCCGGUGCUGCACGGCCUCUUCACUUUCCUCCAGAUGCAUUUCCUCUUCGUCAACUCACAGGUUGUCGUUGAGCGAUUUGGUCUGGCCGCGCGUUUCGGCUUCAUGCACCUGGCUGCGACCAACGUUGCGUUGUGGGUGCGUCUCAUUGUUUGGGAAAGUGGAACCGAGUGGGUCUACUCGAUCCACCAGGCUCAGCAGCGGGGCAGAUCCGCAACCAGCUUCUUGCCCUCGCCCCUGGAGCUCAAAGGCUUCCCCAGAGCUGAGGCGCUCAGAGCAGGCUGGACAAAGAACGCAACCCAUUUGACAGCUUUCGCGCCCGUUUCUGCCGACCAUAUUUCUCAGGUGAUCAGCCUGCACGAGUGCUUGAACGCCAACUCCUUGGGACAGCUCUGGACCUCGGCUACUCCCUUCCUAACCCCAUUCAUUGUCCAGUUCAGUGUGAUUUCGGCCGCUGUUACCUUUGUGAUGGGUCUCAAGGUCGGCCAGCGAAGGCACAUGUUCAAGGGCGGCAGCAAGGGCUCGAGUAGCUCGUGCUCCGGCUCUGUUGACUGCAACUCCAGCAGCCGCGGCCUCUUCCUCGGCCUCUUGUGCGUUGUGGCUGGGGUCGUGGUCAUCAUCGUCUUCUUUGUCGUCAGAGGAGACCCGAACUUCCCGCCACACCUGCCUUUCUGGCUGUCCGUCGGCACGCAAGGCUCUCUUCUUGCUCUCGCAGCCGCACUUUCCCUUGUCGGAAUUGCUCAGGUCCGCCGUCUGUCCGCGUCUUCGAGCGAGCCCCCUCGCAUCGACCGCCUGCUGUCCAAGGCGUCUUCAUUCGGCGUGGUUGCCUACUCCAUCUUCACGAUGGCCGCCGGCGUGGGCCGCGUGCUCGAGAUGCAGCGGACGGACGACCCUGAGGACGGCCGGGCCGCCGCCCUGAUCGCCUACUGCGCCGUGCAACUGCUGCACGUGGCCCUGCAGACCGGCAUGAUGGACGAGCUGAGCAGACGCCAGUGCUCGAGCCGCGGACAGAUCAUUUCGAGGCCAGGCAGGCAGAUUGUUACGUGUCUGCUGUGCCUCAAUGGAAUUAUGUGGGUCUUUGACUCGCUGGUCACCUUUAGCUGGGUGUCGCAAGAGCUCCAGCUCAACUUCUACGGCGUGCUCACUUGGGGAGUCAUUAGCAGGGUGAGUUUGCCGCUGUUGGUUCUGCACAGGUUCCACUCGUGCGUGCGACUGCUCAAUGCCUGGCAAAAGGCGUACAACUGACGAGGGCGGGACCGCGAGGAGCAGUGUUGCUGCACGGGCACCACUGGGGCCUUCCGGGCCCAGAUCCACUUCCAGGCUCCAAGGUCUUUUCGCGGUCCCUCCCCGCCAGGCGCCACCCCCUUUCGCAAGGCUCCGUGGCACCCCAACAUGCACCUGCUCAAGUUCUAGGCCCCUUCCCGCUCACCGCCUCAAGGGAAUCGGCCUUCGGACCCCCUAGUUUUCGUUGCCAACACCAAUUCUUAAUUUAAUUCUCAGCGUGUAAAUAAUUUAUGAAGAGUAAAUUUAUUUAAUUGUAGUUUUUGAUGUGGUCGAUGACUGUAUAUUGAGAGAUCAUUCGGUCCCAGACGGACGGCGAGUUUGGAACGAUUCUUAGAACUCGCUUGUCUCGCGAGUGUCACAAGCCGGUAUUAAAAUAAAUAACUGACUAAUGUAAGCCAUAUUGACGCGUUAGACGUAACUCUCUGUACUAGAAGAGUACAAAACCAUCACUGCUGCAUGUGUAAAUCUCAAGCACACAUCAGAAUGUUAAAAUAUGUUAUGUUUCUUUUAAAAUUUAUGGUAAUAAAAAUAUCUUAAAACAUA